AUGAAGCUCAUCUUCUUCUUGUUGUUAUUGAUUGGUCCUCAACUCCAUUGUUCAGAUCAUUUUCCAGGAUAUCACAAUCACAGCCAUUGCCAGCAUGCUCAAAGAGACCAACUUCCACUUGAAGUCCCCCGUGACAUCCCAAACUAUUGUAAAAUAGCUUCCAGUAAUACUGACUUUGCAUACAGAUUGUACAACCUAAUUGUUACAAAUGGAACUGACAAAAAUGUUUUCUUUUCUCCCCUGAGCAUCUCCACAAUUUUUGCCUUGCUGACCCUGGGUGCUAAAGGUGAAACGUUUAAUCAGAUUAACAAAGCACUUGCAUUUAAUCUAUCAGAGAUCGAAGAGAAGGAGAUACAUGAUGGAUUUCGACAGCUCACCCACGUGCUUAACCAUCCACAUAAACAAGCACAGGUGAACAUAGGGAAUGCCUUGUUCAUAAAUGACUCAUUUACAAUAUUGCCUAAAUUUUUAGAGGAUACCAAGACCUGGUACAAUGCCAAAGCCUUUUCUGUCAACUUUGGGAAUACUGUGGAAACUAAAAAACAGAUAAAUGCGUAUGUGGCAGAAAAAACACAUGGGAAAAUAGCCCAUGCUAUUGAUCACCUCGCCAAAUACACUGCAAUGCUUAUGUUGAACUAUAUCUUCUUCAAAGGCUACUGGAAAAUACCUUUUGACUCUAAAUAUACCAGCGAAGAAGAUUUUUUUGUAAAUGCAACCACAACCGUCAAAGUUGACAUGAUGUUCCAAAAAGGAUAUUACAAGGUUCUCCAUGAUGAAGAUGCAUUUUCCUGGGUGGUGGAAAUACCUUACAAAGGACAUGCCUCCGCAUGGUUCCUCCUGCCAUCUAAUGGGAAGCUGAAUGAUGUGGAGGGGUCUUUGGAGAACAAUAUUUUUUCUAAAUGGAUGGCAAAAGUUAGAUACAGAUAUAUAGAACUGCGUGUUCCAAAAUGUUCUGUUACUACAUCCUAUUCUCUCAAAAAACUGAUGAAGGAACUGGGUGUGACUGAUGUCUUUAAUGGCAAUGCUGAUCUGUCUGGAAUUACUGGAAGAAGCAGUCUGUCGGUUUCUGAAGUUACUCACAAGGCUGCUCUGAAUAUAUGGGAAAAUGGCACUGAGGCAGCAGCGGUCACCGUAAUUAAAUUUAUGACAGGACCUGCUCAAAUCCCUUCUGUCAUCACAUUCAACAGACCACACCUACUGAUCAUAACUGAUAAUCCAACACAAAGCAUAAUCUUCAUGGGGAAAAUUAUGAACCCUAAUGACUCAUGA